AUGUUUGUCUACAAAGUGCUUGCAGCGCUCCUACUGGCCGCCACAGCGGCAGCGGUGCAUCAGCCACAUGGUGAGGAACGAAGGCAGAAGUUGCUCCGCACUGGCUCCAAGCACAUAAGGCGACAUCGGCGAGAAGCUUCCGUGGAUGCCUUGGGCAGGGUGGAGACCUCGGACAGUCUGGAUGCUCGAAGGAGGAAAGGGCACCUUGUCCUCGCUGAGCGCGCGGUGCCGUCCCCAAGUCCCGCCACCAAGGGCGACACGAAGGUCACAAAUGAUGCAAAGCAAGAGAGCGCGGCGGCGAAAGCAGAAACAGCAGAUGGCAGCGGGAAAGAUGUGAGCCCGUUUGAUGAGAGCAAGCCGGUCUCCUGCCACAAGGAGGACAAUAAGACCGUCUGCGAACAAGGUGGCGUGCCCAUGAAGCCCUGGAAGUGCGCGGAAGGGCAAAGCAUUUGCUGCAAUCCGCGCAUGAAAGAGUCCUACUACCUCCGGUGUGUUGCUAGGGAGUGCUACAAGGUCCGUGACGAAGCUUGA